UCUCUUCCAGGCUGCUGAAUCGGGAAUAAUAAAAGUGAAAACAAUAGCUGCACGGAACACUGAUAUUCUGGCAGCAUUGAAAGAGAACAGCUCAGAGGUAGUUCAGCCUUUCCUAAUGGGCUGUGGAACGAAGGAACCAAAGAUCACUCAGCUGUGUCUAGCAGCCAUACAGAGGCUCAUGUCCCAUGAAGUUGUUUCAGAGGCUGCAGCAGGAAACAUUAUUAAUAUGCUUUGGCAACUGAUGGAAAACAGUCUUGAAGAACUUAAAUUGCUCCAGACAGUUCUUGUGCUUUUAACAACCAAUACAGUUGUGCAUGAUGAAGCACUGUCCAAGGCAAUUGUACUUUGUUUUCGAUUGCACUUCACAAAAGAUAAUAUCACAAAUAAUACUGCAGCAGCUACAGUGCGGCAGGUAGUUACUGUUGUAUUUGAGAGAGUGGUUGCUGAAGAUGAACGAUACAAAGAUACUAUUGACCAGCCGGUUGCAGUUCAAGGGAAUAGUAACAGAAGAUCUGUCAGUACACUGAAGCCAUGUGCUAAAGAUGCAUAUAUGCUUUUUCAGGAUCUUUGUCAGUUAGUUAAUGCUGAUGCUCCCUACUGGCUCGUGGGUAUGACAGAAAUGACCCGGACAUUUGGCCUUGAACUUCUUGAGUCAGUCCUCAAUGACUUUCCACAAGUGUUUUUACAACAUCAGGAAUUCAGUUUUCUUCUUAAAGAAAGGGUAUGCCCUCUUGUUAUAAAGCUCUUCUCCCCAAAUAUCAAAUUCAGGCAAGGUUCCAGCACAUCAUCUUCCCCAGCACCAGUGGAAAAACCAUACUUCCCCAUCUGUAUGCGUUUGCUGAGAGUAGUUUCUGUUUUGAUUAAGCAGUUUUACAGUUUGCUGGUAACAGAAUGUGAAAUCUUUCUGUCAUUGCUGGUUAAGUUUCUGGAUGCAGACAAACCACAGUGGCUAAGAGCUGUUGCAGUAGAAUCUAUACACAGGCUUUGUGUGCAGCCUCAGCUAUUAAGGUCCUUCUGUCAAUCGUAUGAUAUGAAGCAACAUUCCACUAAAGUUUUCCGUGAUAUUGUGAAUGCACUGGGGUCUUUCAUCCAGUCACUAUUUCUUGUACCAAGCACAGGGAACACAUCAGCAACACCAAACCAAACUGGAAGCAAUGCAUCAGGGAAUACUGGCUCAGCACAAACUAACCCGGGAGUGCUUGGAAUGGGAGGAGGUGCAACUGUAUUACCUGCCUUUGAGUACCGAGGCACUUGGAUACCUAUCCUGAAUGUAACAGUACAAGGCAGUGCUAAAGCUACCUAUUUGGAAAUGCUGGACAAAGUAGAGCCACCUAUGAUCCCUGAAGGCUAUGCCAUGUCGGUGGCAUUUCACUGUUUGCUGGAUCUUGUCCGUGGUAUCACUACCAUGAUUGAAGGAGAGCUGGGAGAGGCAGAAACAGUCAGUCAAACCACAACAGAGACAACUUCAUUACCAGCACAGUCUUCAGAGCAGCGACACUUGCACUCUGUAUCUGACCAAUCAGAGAAAGAACUAGUUAGCAGAGCUGUCUGGGAAGAAAUGGUGAAUGCUUGUUGGUGUGGUCUUCUGGCUGCUUUAUCCCUCCUACUUGAUGCAAGCACUGAUGAAGCUGCCACUGAAAAUAUUCUAAAAGCAGAAUUGACCAUGGCUGCACUUUGUGGACGACUGGGUCUUGUCACAUCAAGAGAUGCCUUUAUCACUGCCAUUUGCAAAGGAUCCUUGCCUCCUCACUAUGCCCUUACUGUAUUAAACAGCACAACUGCAGCUCUGACCAGCAAAUCAUAUUCCAUUCAGGGACAGAAUGUUCAAAUGAUCAGUCCCUCAAGUGAGUCUCAUCAGCAAGUUGUAGCAGUAGGACAACCCUUAGCUCUUCAGCCACAGGGAACAGUAAUGCUGACUUCAAAAAAUAUUCAGUGUAUGAGGACAUUACUCAACUUAGCUCACUGCCAUGGAGCUGUUCUUGGUACAUCGUGGCAACUUGUCCUGGCUACUCUUCAGCAUCUUGUGUGGAUUCUGGGACUGAAGCCUGGUGUUGGAGGUGCAUUAAAACCUGGAAGAGCUGUAGAAGGGCCCAGCACAGUUCUGACUACAGCAGUUAUGACUGAUUUGCCAGUUAUAUCCAACAUACUUUCAAGGCUUUUUGAAAGCUCACAGUACCUUGAUGACGUGUCUUUACAUCACUUAAUAAAUGCCCUUUGCUCCUUGUCUCUGGAAGCCAUGGAUAUGGCUUAUGGAAACAAUAAGGAACCAUCGCUUUUUGCUGUUGCUAAAUUACUGGAAACAGGAUUAGUUAACAUGCACAGGAUUGAGAUUCUUUGGAGACCUCUGACUGGUCAUCUUCUGGAGGUCUGUCAGCAUCCAAACUCCAGAAUGAGAGAAUGGGGAGCAGAAGCUUUAACUUCUCUCAUUAAAGCAGGACUGACAUUCAACCAUGAUCCUCCAUUAUCUCAAAAUCAGAGACUGCAGUUGCUUUUAUUGAAUCCACUAAAGGAACUGUCAAACAUUAGUCAUCCUGAUAUCAGGAUCAAGCAGCUGGAAUGUGUGCUACAGAUUUUGCAAAGUCAGGGUGACAGCUUAGGACCUGGUUGGCCAUUGGUGCUUGGAGUCAUGGGGGCAAUCCGAAGUGAUCAGGGAGAGUCCUUAAUACGGACUGCAUUCCAGUGUCUUCAGUUGGUUGUGACAGACUUUCUUCCAACAAUGCCAUGUACUUGUCUACAGAUAGUUGUUGAAGUUGCAGGAAGCUUUGGACUUCACAAUCAAGAGCUAAAUAUUAGCUUAACUUCAAUUGGUUUGUUGUGGAAUAUUUCCGAUUAUUUUUUCCAAAGAGGUGAAAUAAUUGAAAAGGAGCUAAACAAAGAAGAAGCAGUGUUGCAGAAACAGGCAGAAGAAAAGGGGGUGGUGCUGAAUAGACCUUUUCAUCCUGCACCACCAUUUGACUGUCUUUGGUUAUGUCUGUAUGCCAAACUUGGAGAACUGUGUGUGGAUCCUCGACCUGCAGUUAGAAAGAGUGCUGGGCAGACGUUGUUUUCUACUAUUGGUGCUCAUGGAACUUUAUUGCAACAUUCAACGUGGCACACAGUAAUAUGGAAGGUUUUAUUUCACCUGUUGGAUAGGGUUCGAGAAUCUUCUACCACAGCUGACAAAGAGAAGAUUGAAUCAGGAGGAGGCAACAUUCUCAUCCAUCAUUCAAGGGAUACAGCUGAGAAACAGUGGGCUGAGACAUGGGUAUUAACACUGGCUGGAGUUGCAAGAAUAUUUAACACCAGGAGAUACUUACUGCAACCUUUAGGAGACUUUUCGCAAGCCUGGGAUGUUCUUCUUGAUCACAUCCAGUCAGCAGCACUCAGCAAAAAUAAUGAAGUUUCCUUGGCUGCUCUGAAAAGCUUCCAAGAGAUCUUACAAAUUGUUUCUCCUGUUCGAGACUCAGAGAAGCCUGACACACCACCUGCUAUCAAUGUUUCUGUACCUGUGGUGGUAGGGGCAACAACUGCCACUAGUCUUGGCAGAUCAUUCAUGAGAACUGACUCCAUAGGAGAAAGAAUAGGAAGAUACAAUGGAUCUGAACCACCUGUAAUAACAGAUGAGAUUGAAGAUUUGAAUCUUUGGUGGGCAGCCUGGAACAGCUGGUAUAGGAUUGGUUCAGAAAGUACAAGGCCUCCAAUUACUUGUGAUAAACUGACUUUCAUUCCCAGCCAGCCUUUUCUUACAGCUUUAAUUCAGAUAUUCCCAGCUCUUUACCAACACAUCAAAACUGGUUUCAGCAUGGAUGAUCUCCGAAAGCUGGGUGUCAUUUUGCAUGGUGCUGUUUCAGUUCCCAUCAGUUCCGAUGCUUCCCCUUUCAUCCUUCCAUCUUACACUGAAGCAGUUUUGACAAGUUUACAGGAAGCAGUGCUUACAGCUUUAGAUGUUUUACAAAAGGCUAUAUGUGUGGGCUCAGAAAGUAUGCAGAUAAUGUAUCCUGCAAUCUUUGACCAGCUGUUGGCAUUUGUAGAAUUUUCCUGCAAGCCUCCACAGUAUGGACAGCUGGAAACAAAGCACAUUGCAAAUGCAAAGUAUAAUCAGAUACAACUAUUUGCACCGGCGGAAUGGGUAGCACUGAAUUAUGUACCAUUUGCUGAGAGAUCACUAGAAGUUGUUGUGGACUUAUACCAAAAGACAGCUUGCCAUAAAGCUGUGGUAACAGAGAAAGUUCUUCAAAACAUUAUUAAG